AUGGAAGUUAUAGAAAUACGUAUGCUGAGGUGGAUGUACGGAAAUACAUUGAUGGAUCGAAUUAGGAACCAAGAGUUUAGAAAUAAACUAGGGGUUGCUUCUAUUUCUGCAAAAAUGUGCGAAAAUAGAUUGAGAUGGUUUGGACAUGUGAAGAGAAAGACUUUUGACGUCCCAGUAAGGAGAAUCAUAAGCAUCAUAGUAGAAGGUGAGAGGAGUCGAGGAAAACCUAGGAGAACUUGGGAUAAGCAAAUAAAAGUUGACUUGCAUGAGUUACAUCUCUCAGUAGAUCUGAGCCGGGAUAGGUGGCGUUUUAGGGUCGUUCUAGGCGUGUUUGCUCCAUUUUUGUACUCCAUGGCUAAUUUGUGGGACUCAAAGAUCGAAUCAAACCAUCUAUACCUUCAAGUCAUGUGA